AUGGGAAAUAAGGGGAAGCAGAGGAGCAGUACCCAGCGGUGGCAAGUAAUCUUCCCUUUCUUGAUGCCUUUGUUAUGCGGGGCGCUCUGCGAACAGAUCCGCUAUUCUAUUCCAGAAGAAAUGGACAGAGGCUUUGUGGUGUGGAAUCUCGCUGAGGACCUGGGGCUGCAUGUACGGGAUUUAUUGACUCGCAACCUCAGAGUUAGUGCAGAGAAACAAUACUUUACUAAUUCCCCAGAAUUAGUGUUGGAGAAGCCUUUGAACCAGGGACAACAGAGCUCUCACCUCCUGGUCCUGACAGCAGUGGACGGGGGUGAUCGUUUGAACUGGCAAACUCCAAUCAGGAUCAAGGUCACUGAUGACAACGAUAACCCCCCAGUGUUCAGUCAGGAUGUGUACAAAGUUAGCCUGUGUGAGAACUCGCCCCCAGGCACCUUUGUGCUAAAGGUGAAGGCCACUGACCAGGAUGAAGGCAUCAGUGCAGAGAUCACCUACUCCUUCAAAACACUAUGAGAUAUUGCAAAUAUGUCUGUGCUAGAUCAUCAAAGAGGAGAAAUUAAAUCCAAAGACCCUAUAGACUUUGAAAGCAGUAGCAGUUAUACUAUAAGCAUAGAGGAGGACAGUGGAAGCAUAGCCACCAAGUGUAAAAUUAUACUGAACAUUUUAGAUGAGAACGACAGUGGCCCAGAGGUGGUUUUCACUUCGGUGUCUAGUUCCAUAACCAAGGUUGCAGAACCGGGAACAGUGAUUGCUUUGUCCGAAACACAUGAUAAAGAUUCGGGAGAAAACGGGGAGGUCACAUGUCUCAUAAAAGAGAGAGCUCCUUUUAGAAUUGAAUCUUCCACCAAUAAUUACUACAAGCUUGUGGCAGAUGGGGUCCGACGGGAGCAGACCCCAGAGUACACAGUCACCAUCGCAGACACCGACAGGGGCAAGCAGCUACUCUCCUCCAGCGCAAGUGUCACUCUACACAUCAGCGACGUUAAUGACAGCACUCCGGUUUUCCACCAGGCCUCCUACGUGAUCCACGUGGCCGAGAACAACCUGCCUGGAGCCUCCAUCGCGCAAGUCAGCGCCUCCGACCCCGACCUGGGGCCCAACGGCCACGUCUCCUAUUCCAUCCUGGCCAGCGACCUGGAGCCGCGCGCGCUGUCGUCCUACGUGUCCGUGAGCGCACAGAUUGGUGUGGUGUUCGCGCAGCGCGCCUUCGACCACGAGCAGCUGCGCGCCUUCGAGCUGACGCUGCAGGCCCGCGACCACGGCUCGCCCGCGCUCAGCGCCAACGUGAGCCUGCGCGUGCUGGUGGGCGACCGCAACGACAACGCGCCCAGGGUGCUGUACCCGGCGCUGGGGCCCGAUGGCUCGGCGCUCUUCGACACGGCGCCGCGCGCCGCGCAGCCCGGCCACCUGGUCACCAAGGUGGUGGCGGUGGACGCCGACUCUGGACACAACGCCUGGCCGUCCUACCACGUGCUGCUGGCCAGCGAGCCCGGACUCUUCAGCGUGGGGCUGCGCACGGGCGAGGUGCGCACUGCGCGGGCCCUGGGCGACAGGGACGCGGCCCGCCAGCGCCUGCUGGUUGCUGUGCGCGAUGGGGGACAGCCGCCCCUCUCGGCCACCGCCACGCUGCUCCUGGUUUUCGCGGACAGUCUGCAGGAGGCGCUGCCGGACCUCAGUGACCACUCUGAGCCCACUGACCCCCAGGCUGAGCUGCAGUUUUACCUGGUGGUGACCUUGGCCUUGAUCUUGGUGCUCUUCCUCCUCGUGGUGAUUCUGGCCAUUGCUCUGCGCCUGCGACGCUCCUCUAGCCUGGCCACCUGGUGCUGCUUUCAGCCUGAUCUCUGUUCUAAGACUGGUCCAGGGGUUUCUCCGAACUACAACAAGGGAACCUUGCCUUAUUCCUACAAUCUGUUACGUUGUCGAUUCUCAGAAAACAAGGUUCAGUUUUCUCACCAUGACCCCAGAAAUGGUGCCCCCGCAAGAUCUUUCUAA